AUUUAUUACAAAGGUAAUAUGAGCGAUUGGAAGAGGCCAGCCAGUGUACCUUUUCCUUCAAUCUGGGGGAAAUUUGAAGGAAUAAAAGUGGUAGACGGGAAAAAGAGGCAGUACUGGAUACAAGAUAUAACGAACGAUCUUCUAGAGUUAGCCAUUAAUUAUAUGACCACAGGGUUUUUGCAUGAGGAAGCUUUCUCCAAGAAUCACAAAAGCUUUGAAGACCCAGUGACAGUUGAAGAUACAAGAAAACUAUGGAAAUACUUUUCUGAACACAAAUUGGGUUUGAUUUGUUUAACCAAAAAUGAAUCUGGACAAAAUGAAAUUGCUGCUAUUAACAUGAACUACAGAUCAACUAAAAAUGAAUCUGUAGAUACAUCUUGGGUUAAAUCAAAGAAAAUUAGAUUAUUUCUAGUGUUAAUGCAAUACAUCUACGGAAUGGUUGAUUUAUAUGAGACCCUAAAUAUUGACCACCAAAUGCGAGCUUUCGGAUUAUUUGUGCUGCCAAAAUAUAGAGGAGAAGGUAUUGGAGUCGAAAUGUUUAAAAGCAGGGAGCUUUUAUGUCGUGCAGUCGGUAUUCCAGCAUCUUCCGGCGUGUUCUCUUCACUAACUUCACAAGCUGUGGGUAAAAAAGCCGGCUUCAUAGAGUUGGUAGACGUGACUCAUGACGAAUUGGAAAAAGUGAACCCCAAUUUCGUAGCACCCGGUAUGCGAGAAGCCGCUAAAUCUUUGAAGUACAUGUAUAUUAUUUACAAAUAAAUAA